AUGGGGAAAAUUGACAAUGGAAAACAGAACACAGAAAAGGUCUUCCAAGUGAAGAAAGGGAAUCCAACUUUGGUCCCGCCGGCAGUGGACACCAAUCAGGGAAGCGUUUACUUCCUCUCCAACGUCGACGACGACUUGACCAUCAUCCGUACGCUCUACUGCUUCAAGUCCGGCGGCCAGGAGGCCGGAGAGGUGAUCAAGAACGCCCUGAGCAAGGCUCUGGUUCACUACUACCCUCUGGCCGGCCGGCUGAUCCUCUCGCCGGAGGGUGGGUUCGCUGUGAAUUGCACCGGCGAAGGGGUUGUGUUCAUUGAGGCGGAGGCCGACUGUGGGUUGGAUGACGUUGAUUUUUCCAAGCCGGAUAAGACUACACGUGGCAAGCUGGCUGCCUUUGAUGUUCCUGGCGUUGGGAACAAAUUCGAGAUCCCUUUGAUGGCUCAGGUAACCAAAUUCAAGUGUGGAGGAUUCGUGCUGGGGAUCUCCUUCAACCACGUACUUGCCGACGGCCAAGCCGCCGCGGAAUUCAUCGUUUCUUGGGCUGAAACAGCAAGAGGAUUGCCCAUAUCCGUCCCGCCAUUUCUCGACAGGACGAUUCUCAAAGCUCGAACCCCGCCAAAAAUCGAGUUUCGCCAUUCCGAAUUCGAACCCAUCGAAGACAAAUCCUCUGCCACCAACGACUUCUCCAACGAAGAGAUAAUGGUGUACAAGUACCUCAAGUUCACCCCGCAAAUGAUCCAAACGGCGAAAUCCAAAACAACCGGAUUAUUGACAAAACCCUGCUCCACCUACGAAGCCCUCUCGGCCUUCGUGUGGAGAGCUCGAACUCAGGCGCUCAAUACGGCGCCGGAUCAGCUUACUAGAAUCUUACUUGUCGUCAACACGCGGGGGAGAUUCGAGCCGCCUCUGCCAAAGGGGUAUUUUGGGAAUGCGAUAAAGUUCACCCCGGCCCACAGCUUGGCGGCGGAGCUGGUCCAAGAGCCGCUUUCCCACGCCGUGGUCAAAAUUCGGGAGGCGGUCAGGAGCGUGAACGAUGGGGUUUUGAGGUCGACGAUCGAUUACUGCGAGGCGACGAGAGCGAGGCGGCCGAGGGGUUGCAGCACGGUGACGGCGACGACGUGGUCGAGCUUGUCGUUCUCCGCGACGGAUUUCGGGUGGGGAGAGCCGGUUCUGAGCGAGCCGGUGGAGAUCCCGUCGGAUGAUACGGUGGUGUUUUUGAGCCACCCGACAGAGAAAGUGAGCUUUAAUGUGUUUCUUGCUUUGCCGAUUUCGGCGAUGGAUAAGUUCGAGGAAAUGGUGCAGGAGGAGCUCUGUAGUUAG